UCUUGUUCCCCUGUUUAUAAAGAUGGCUGCAAAAAGUCGGGAAAUUAUUUAGAAGUUUGUUUGGAUGGUAAAUCUCAAAGGAACAGAAGUUGGAAGAGCAAUAGAAAGUACUCAUACAUCUCAUGGAAAUACAAGCGAACUGAAAAGAUAUGGGCUCAAAUCCAAGAAAGGCAAAAAAGUCAGCGUCGUCGACGAGCCUGAUGGCGUUCAAUUACCAACUUUAUGAAAUAUCUCAUGUUUUGAGACUAAGACCUUUCCCACCAGCUUCUGACCAAGCUGACUAUGUUAAAAUAGACAACACUACACCAUACUUCUCUGAUUGUUGCUUUCAAGAAACUGCUGAAAGAUCACUACUUGUUCUUCUUUGUAGCAAUGGAGCAUUACUUAUGCGAUUGAAGGAGAAGGGAUCAUGUCACAUUGUCAAACAAUUUGAAUGGUUCCAGAACCCAUCAAAACGAGUUCAGAGCUUUGCGAUUGAUCCUGUUCAUGCUGCAUGGGUGAUUGUUGCAUCAUCUGACUUGGGGCUGUAUAUUCUCCCUGCUUUAGCACAACUCAAGCCUGAUUCAUGUGACAAUAAUGUUUCUCUAUCUUGGUCUUUAACAGACCUAACAAAAAUGGCAGAAACAAAGCAGACAGGAAAAACAGCUAGUAUUGUCUGGUGGCACACAUUUGAUGACAGGAACAUUGCAAUUAUUGGUACAGAGCAUGGAGAGGUAGUUUUUGUAGACCUUAUGGUGCAUCAACAGGUUCACUCGAUUGCUAUUCGUGAGAAGAUCAGGAGACUUGAGCUUAUGCAGGACCUGAGUGAGCAUGCAACACAUCUCCUGAUUCACACCGCUACAGACACAACAUGGAAAAUUUUCCUGGAAUGGCCGUGUGAAAUCGCCCACAUAACAUCACCGUCGAGUUACACUUCAGCGUUUGACAUGGGCUACGACAUGGUAGCAGAGUGUGGUAUGGACACAAUUUUGGUAUACGCUGCAGAGGACGGGAGGGAAGAGCCCAAGAUUACCAAGCUAAAGGCACCUUCUCAAGAGUGCCGGUUGUCUGUUCAAAGACUGAAAGAUCAAGUUGUCGUAGCAAGACAUUUGACCAAGCAUGAAACACUUGAGGUCUUCAACUACAUAGAAAGAGUGGCAGAUUACGCGCCAGAGUACAGCUAUCAACUUCCAUUUAACACAAAAAGUGCUGUUGUCUCUGACACCCUCAUCUUUGCCUUGACACGCAAAGACCGUCAGCCUUCUUUUAGUGUUCUAUCAAAGAGAUUUGCAGGAUCAGCGAAUACCGCUCAACCAAGAAAACGAUCAGACUCUUCCUCCUACAAGGCGGAGUUGCAGAGCUUUUCAUUAAGCCAAUCAGAAGCGGUCUUGGCGUAUUUUGUAUCGUCGUUCAAACGCCCGAUGGCUUGGAAAAAUCUGUUUCCCCAUUCUAAAGGAAUGAAGGAAGAAAUACCGCUAACAUUGUGCACCAUUGUCACUGAAGGGGGCAUCAUCGAAUGCAGACCAAGGAUAUCCCCAGAACACUACUUCACAGAACUUUGUCGCAACGAUGAAGGUGGUGCUGCGGAGGCCCUAGGGAUAACUCUUGACCUGAAUGUGCAGUAUCUGUGCGAGCUUGUUGCCGAACAGAAGUUAAAGGAAGGAGAUUUUCAAGGUGCAACUAAGUUUUACAAUUUGUCAGAGUGUUCGCCAAUCAAAAGAGCGGUCAGUCUUAUUGAAUACGUGUCGGUCACUGCCGGCCUUAUGUUCAUCCGACAGGUCCUGAAGCAGCCUGGAAGCCUGUCCGCGAAGGAUCGGAAAAAGCUGGCUGACAUGGCAGUUGAAUGCUAUACGGAACAGGUUCUAGAGAAACAGAAGCCUGUGAACUUUCGAGCGAAGGUUUUUGAAUCAUUUAUGCAGUUCUUACGGGACAAUUUUGACUACGACCCCCAAGUGGCAAUGGAACGUCUCGCAAAGCAUGGAAUGAUUGAUUGCUUGUUUGAAGUCGGAAAAACUAAAGGACUGAUCAAGGAAGCUUUAGAUUUGUGUGCUUCAAGAGGAUUUUAUCACCUUUCACCUUCAAUCCAAAACAUGCUGUUGGAUCGAGGAUACGAUGACAUUUUGUGCACGGCUAAUAACGGUGCCUUCAUUUCCUACAUGAAGCCAGAGGAGGCUGUUAAGUUCUUGCUUAUGCACCCUGAUGUGACGAAAUCAUUUAUUCGCCUUUUGGAUUCGAUUGUUUUCCAUCUAGAAGAAACCUCUUUAUUGCUAAUUGCGCGAUUGUUUGAUCCAUCUCGAACAUUUAUUAAACCAUACUUGGAGAAAGCAGAAGCGAUGCACACCAAAAGAAGUCCUUCGAUCGUUUCCUUGGCAUCAACUUCAAGCUCGGAGGGUGGUUUGGAUUCGUUUGACAUUCCCACCAUUUCUACCAUAUUUGAAGUUUUUUUGAAAACCAUUUUGAUUUUGAAUGGCAAGCGAUCGCCAUUAACUCAACUACCAGACAGGAAGUCGAUUCUUAAGUACCUCAUUGGUCAGAACAGCUCUACAUCUUUAAGACGCAGUCGAACGACCAGUACGAGGAGCCUGGACACGAACAUGGAUAUUGAGCCUACUACCCUGGCAUGUGGCAGAAAUCACAUUGCCUACGUAUCUCAUGACGGCGAUGUUUUCACCUGGGGACGAUCAAGCCAUGGAAGACUGGGCCAUGGAGAUUUGAUAGAAGAAAAGGGAAUUUCGAUGCCGUUUAGAGUGGAAGGGCUUCAUAUGCAUGGGAUUCAAGUCCUUUCAAUAGCCUGCGGGGCUGCACACACAGUUGCGGUUUGCAGAGAAGGGGUUUAUUCAUGGGGAUUUAACAAUUUUGGACAGCUUGGCGUUGGCGACAUACGUCGACGAAGCCGCCCAUGCUUAAUAUCACAAUUGACUCCCAAGAAUGUUGUUGCUGUUGCUGCUGGGUAUUAUCAUACGCUUGCUGUCGAUGGAGAUCACAAAGUCUGGGCAUGGGGCUGGGGUAUUCAUGGACAGCUUGGUGUAAAGUCAGCUGAAAAUGCGAAAGUCCCCGUUAACGUUGCACUGCUUAAUUCACAAAAGGCGAUUCAAGUUGCCGCUGGACAUUCCCACAGUGUCGUCCUUUCGUCCAAGGGAUACGUUUUCACUUUUGGUUCAGGCUUGUACGGCCAGCUCGGCAUUGGUGUCAAUACCAAAAUGACAACUCCCAAAGUGGUGAAAACGCUUAUUGAUGAGCCUAUCUAUUACAUUGCAUGUGGUUCUUUUGAAACUAUAGCUAUAUCAGAAGACCAGACGCUCUAUUCAUGGGGUAGAAACUACAAACAGUUCCAUAUAUGUGCUAAAGCGGAAAGUGCAACGAGUGGGCGCCAUCUUGCUAGCUCCAUGGCAACAGACUUGAGUCAUAAGUAUUAUCCAGAAGAGUUGCCUUUUCGCCUUCCAGAGCAGAUAGCACAGCUGUCAGUUGGUAACUGGCAUUUUGUUGCUCUUACCACCGUUGGGCAAGUGUAUACUUGGGGAUGCAAUGACUGCGGCCAGCUAGGGCACUACAACAAGAUUGAUCAGAUCACUCCUCGCCCGGUCAAAGCGCUGUCAAGAAGGUUUAUCACGUCAGUUGCUGCUGGCUCGGAAUUUACCGUUUGCGUUGAUGCUGAAGAUCAGGUGUUUGCCUGGGGCAAAGCUGAUGCUGGUCAGCUUGGCAUUGACACGACCGGCAUUAAAGAUUCUGGAACCGGAGCUAUGAAAAAGUCCGGAGCAUCUGCUUCCCUGCUGAGCCCGACACCGGUUCCUAGGAUGCCUUCUGUAACCGAAAGGAGCAACUCGGUUGGUUCUGGUGGAGCAGUGAGCAAUAAAAGAGAAGUUACAUUCGAUAUUGAUGCAGAUUUUCCUGACUUCUCAUCCAUCGGCCAUGGUGUGUUGGCCUAUUCCCCAGAGAGUGUUUUGGUGGCCCUUCAGAAAUUGAAUGGCUCCUAUAAUCCGUGGACCAUCGUAAGUAUUGGUGAACAACUAAAGCUAUUCUAUGCUGUUUCAUUUUGCUGCGAAAUGCAUCAACGUUGGGACAAAGCAUUCACAUAUGGCAUUGCUGCUUUGAAAUGCAUUCAAAAUGGCAAGGGUGCUACUGAUUUCAAUUUUGGUGAAAAGAUUAUCGUCUUAGCAGAGAGCAUCUUGAGUUCCAUUGAAGAUCUUCACUCUGACAAUGGGGAUGUCACAAACGAUAUGUCUGCGUUGGUUUCCUUUGUCUUUGAGCUGUUCCAAGCAAGUUGCGACUUCUUGGUGCCCUUAAAAGAUAUCGAGGACUGCCUGAUCAAGAAGACAUCCUUUCUGGCACCAGUUUUAGCAGUCGUUCUAUUCAGUGGCCAAAUAAAUGUGGAAAGCUUGCCGUUUUCUGUUCAGCUUGUUCUUUCUUCCAAGACUCUUCCCCAGGCUUUUGAAUUGCAGCUAAGUCCUAGCUUUCUCAACUCAUUAACAGCAUCUAUUAUUGAUGAAAUAUCCCUAGGGAGCAGAAGCUACAAUUUCUUGAUACAACCAUUUGAGAGCAGCUGCGUUGGUGACAGCUUAAGUACGCCUAAUGAUGAAUUGACUAGCAACUCUUUGCCUGAAAAUUUUGACUCAAAUUUAAAGCAAAUCAUCGAAAACAGACUGAAACUUCAACAGCGGCGAAACUGCAUCUUUCUUUCCAGCGUUACUGCAGCUACAGUUUCGGCAGCCUCAUCAGGACUACGAGCCUCGUCUGCCUGGCAGAGAAAAAGUGGGACCCAUGCGCAUGGGGGCAUCGGAUACGACUCUGUUGUUUUUACCUGUAAUCACAAUUUUCCAAAGUAUUAUAUAGAAGAUGUUAUUUUGCCAGAGUUUGUACAAAGAGUUCAAGGGCUACCGAAGCCUCUGCCAGGAACAGCCAAUGUGCUUCUUCGUUAUUACACGCAGACACACGCAGCUAUCCCGGCUGCCUGCCCGUGCUGCGUCUACAAUAACCUUCGCCUAGAGCAACUGCAUUUGCUGCAAGAGACUGGAAGUGAGCUCAGCGGAAACAAAUCAACUUUCUGGGAAGUCUAGGCCAUAAUCGCCUAACAUAAUAUGCUGAUAUAAUUUGAUAUACCUUAUAAAUAGAAACUGCUUUUUUCAUGCUGCAGUCCCUUCCUGUUGUCAGAUAAUUUAUCUAAAUGAACUCCCGCUGAAGAGAAACUAUUACUAUAAUUCCUUUCAAAAUGCAUGUACUGUCAUGUUUAUAGUAUUUACCUCCAAAAGCAAGAGGACUUAUAAUGUAUAAAAACACAAUUGAUCAAUAGAAGACUUUUUAUGUUA